AUGGAACAAGGGGCCUCCACCUUCACGGGAAAGACACAAUUGAUCCUCCUGUCUCUGAGGGAGGCCAAUGAGUGUGAGAAGGAUUGGGAAUGGCCACUAUGGGGUUCUGACCUCUUGUCCCCCAAAAGGAGACUUGAGUCCCUCAGUGAAGAUGGGAGUUCAGAUGUAGAUGUUCUAGAUCUGAGUCCAGGAACAAGGUUGGUGAAGAGGCCCUCACAGAAGAAGAAAAGACGUAAAAAGACCAAGAACGUGGAAGCAAUGGAUGGAGGUUCUGACCUCUUGUCCCCCAAAAAGAGACUAGAGCCCCUCAGUGGAGAUGGGAGUUCAGAUGGAGAUGUUCUAGAUCUGAGUCCAGGAACAAGGUUGGUGAAGAGGCCCUCAGAGAAGAAGAAAAGACGUGAAAAGACGGUGGAAGAAAUGGAUGGACGUUCUGACCUCUUGUCCCCCAAAAGGAGACUUGAGCCCCUCAGUGAAGAUGGGAGUUCAGAUGUAGAUGUUGUAGAUCUGAGUCCAGGAACAAGGUUGAUGAAGAGGCCCUCACAGAAGAAGAAAAGACGUAACAAGACCAAGAACGUGGAAGCAAUGGUGCCGCCCACAGUAAAGGUGAAAGACCGUGGAGGGAAGCAGAGAGGAGUAAAGGUGAAAGACCGUGGAGGGAAGCAGAGAGGAGUAAAGGUGAAAGACCGUGGAGGGAAGCAGAGAGGAGUAAAGGUGAAAGACCGUGGAGGGAAGCAGAGAGGAGUGCGGUAAACAAACACAUGGAAAAGUUUAUAGCAGAGCGCCGCCUUCCAGGUAAAGAACACUGCAUGCGAUGCAUAAAAGAGGAGGAAGCCUUGGGUCAAAGGUCCUGGAAGGAUGUAAAGAAGUUUGUGUACAACACAAAUGUUAAGUUAAACCGGAGGGGUGCUACACUGCAGCUUCAUCUUUGAAGAUCUGUGUUGUGCAAUAUAAUGUUGUGUUCUAGUUGUCCGGGGCAGUUCUCAAAACCAUAGCAAUAACGCCUUUGUUUUAAAAAUCUAUUAAUUGCACAAAUAUUUUUUUUAUAAAAUAUCAGAAAAGAGAAACUACGAAGGGAAAUAUGGUGAGCGCGC